GUGAUUCCUCCGGCUGCUUCGGGAUGUUUCUCUCGGCUCUCCUGCUCGCAGCGCUCGGCCUCUUUGCGCGUCCGGGCGCCUUUACGCGCGGCUGCCAGCUGCCGUCCGAGUGGCGGCCGCUGAGCGAGGGCUGCCGGGCGGAGCUGGCCGAGAUCAUCGUGUACGCCCGGGUGCUGGCGAUCCACCGGGAGCCGGCCGGGGGAGCUGCGAGGGUGGACAGCCUGUACAACUCGCUGCCCUUCCCGUUUGGAUACGGCUACGAGGGUGCGGAGGACGGGCUGCUGUACGCGGCGGAGGUGGAGCUGCUGUGCGACCAGGCCUGGGGCAGCAUGCUGGAGGUCCCCGCCGGCUCCAGGCUCAACCUGACCGGCCUGGGGUACCUGUCCUGCCAGUCCCACACCGUGAUGGAGAACUACUCCUACAUCUUCUUCCUCAGGAUGGAUGAGAACUACAACUUCCUGCCGCACAGCGUCAACUUCCAGGACGCCAUCUUCCCCGACACGCAGGAGAACCGCCGCACGUUCUCCAGCCUCUUCCAGUUCUCCAACUGCAGCCAGACGCUGCUCAGCUUCAGCAACGAGUGGGACGCUCAGGAGGACAGCCGGCUGCUGUGCUCCUCGGUCCAGGCGGCGCUCUUCGAGGAGGAGGAGCGCGGCCGGACGCUGCAGGAGCGUCUGGCGGCGGCCGAGCGGAGGAACCGGCAGCUGAAGGAGCGCGUCCGCAAGGCGAAGCGCUCGCUGCGGAGCGCCCGCCGAGCGACGCGCCGCGCCCAGCAGGAGGCGCAGCAGCUGCAGGAGAGGCUGCGGGCGGCCGAGCGGCGGGCGGGGCAUCACCUCAACGCCAUACUGCAGGAGGAGCCGCCGCCCCCGCCGCCGCCGGCUCGCUACGGCGGCUCGGCACUUUGAACACACCUGGACUGG